CAUCGGCAGCAGUCUUACAUUCUCUUCCAUUGUCAUCAAUAUAGACAUUCAAAAAAAAGUUCUUUCUCUAUCAAAGACAAUGACUUCACAAAAACAAGCAAUUCAUAUUGAUGAGACGAUCAUCGUGGAACAAGUAAAAGCCACGCAUAAUCUCAAUAGUGGAAUGGAUGUCAAUGCGACUUUUGUUCUCAAUUGUGUGGAAGACAUUUUCAACUUGAAUACGGUUCUACAAGAAGCAAUGCAAGAUAAGUUACAGCUACAAAAGCAUAUUCAAAAGAAGAUCACAUUACAUGUAUUGCAACUCGUCUUUGAGAUAGAGUGCCGCUGUUUAAAUCAUGUUGAUAGUCACUCAAUAGCAAUUCAUCUAUUGAGUGUGCUAUCAAUGUAUCCAUGGCAUACGAAGGUAGUGAUGAUGCUUGCAUCAUUUGCGAUCAUAUGUGGAAAAUCUAAAAUUGCGUUACAAUCAUGCUAUCGAAGAGGAUUGACAUUCAACUCGGGAAUUCUGAAGCAAAGUCUAAAGUCAAUGCAUUCCUCUGACAAUGAAAGAUUAGUCAUUAACGACUCAAUAAAAUCAAUCUUGGACCUCACGAAGCUUACAAUUGAGCUUCGAGAUUCGUCAUCAAUGAUUUUGACUAAUUAUUGGAUAGCAAGAUCGGUUGUUGCUUAUGCUAGUCAUCUUAUUUUGGGCCUCGAGUCCCAAAAGCAGCUAAAGGAACUUUCCAAUUCAUCCACCAAAAUCAAAGAGAUAAUGACUUUUAGCCUCCCAGCACUAGUCAAAUGA